AUGGAGCGCAUUAAUGUUACUGGAGCUGCUCAGCCCAUAGAUGAAUGCGGAUGUAGCAAAUAUUUCAAACUGGGAGUUCGCGCCAAGCCACCUGCCGAGCGCGUUAAUGUUACUGGAGCUACUCAGCCCAUAGGUAUGUGUGGUUGCCGUAGAGUUUCACAGAGUUGUCUGAGAAACAGAAAAUUAGUGAGAUUGCACUUGAAAUGAAA